GAGCGACUCCCGGGCAGGCAGGUUGGAGUGCGCGAGUUUGUCCUCAGUUCCCAGCCACCCAUCGCCCGCACCUGUUGUGUGUACCCGUCCGUGUCUCGGUGCUGCCAUCAGGUAUAUCAGUGUGUGAAGUGUUGUUGCGCAUACCCAUUCAUGCCGCAAAGGUCACGUGUUCUCGAAGUAUUCCCGUGUUGUGCGUGUGAUGAAAAAAAAGUUCAAGAAAUGUAACAUAGCCACAGCCUCGUCCCAGGAUCAUGUGUGGCAUGGACAAGCCGCGGUGAGGCACACAAGUACUCUGGUGGUGUGAUCUAUGAGACAGGCGACUGUGUGAGUGGUGGUGGUGGUGGUGGUGAUUGUGGUGCGUCGAAGCCGGUGUGACACUAAGGAUAAUGGCACGAAAGUGUGUGUAAAAGGCGUCUGAUCGGCCACAGAUGGAGGCAGAGAUGAAGGCCACCACCAAGAGAGAGUCUGGUGAGGAUAAUCUCAUUGACGCGCCUUUGACAGGGGACGAGAGUGAGGUUUCUGGCGACGGCUGCUCCGACGCGCCGGCAGGAGUCGAUGACGAGGUGCAGCUGGAGGGCCAGAAAGGCUCCAGCCUCCCACUUCUCCCCGCCAGCGACGGCAACAAUAAUCAGAGCGGUGACAUUGGCGACACGCAGGGUUUGAUUUUGCCCGCGGAAAAGGAGGUAAAGGAAGAACUGAAUCAAAGAAGCGAAGCAGGAGACAUCAUGUUGACCCAGAACAAGGAAGAGGUGGGCGUGCCAGACGUCAGCUUCGAGGUGGACGAGGAUGCCACUGAUCUUAUGACUGCCAUUUGCCGCGUGCUGCCGGAGUUAAAGGCCCUAAACUCCACCAGCGACCGGCGACAUUCCUGUGAGUUCCGGGAGGACCCACCCACGGAAAUGGGAGGGAGGAGCCGCUGCCGCAGGGGUACGGCUCCCUCGCUGCUGUUCACCCCGCCCCAGGCCCCCCGGGGUCCAGAAUGUGACGACGCCCAUCUGAACAAUAUUUGUAACGAGGCCCACGACACGUGUCCUGCUCAUGAAAAUUCCAGUACUGAUGAGUCACUUCCUGAACAGGUGAAGGAGGAAGAUCAUCAAAGUGACGCGAGUGUUCCUCAGGGCAAGACGGAACAAAAACUGGAGGAUGAAAGGACAACAGAAACAAUCCUCGAGGCCUCUGAAGCACUAGAGGUGGAGGCGACGCCGGAUGCUGUGUGUAGUGAGCCUCCAGCGGCUGUGCCUAGUGAGCCUCCACCAGCUGUGCCUAGUGAGCCUCCAGCGGCUGUGCCUAGUGAGCCUCCACCAGCUGUGCCUAGUGAGCCUCCACCAGCUGUGCCUAGUGAGCUUCCACCAGCUGUGCCUAGUGAGCCUCCACCAGCUGUGCCUAGUGAACCUCCGGCUGAGGAGUGUGGCAGUGACUGUGAUAGUGGUGAGGCGAGUAAGGAAAAAGAGGCACCGCUGGAGACUGGAACGAACGAAAGUCAAGGCAGUUUAGACCAAGCCGAAGAAAGCAUAGUGGAGGCGGAGAGUAAUGACGCUGACCAAGACUACGAAAUAGAGAUCGCAGUCGGGGACAGUUCAGUUGAAGACUCUUGCCAAGCGGCGUCCACGUCUGCGGAGAGUGAGACGCCAUCGGCAGAGGGGCCCUCACAGAAUACUGACGGAGAGCCGCACUACGCCACGGUUCACAAAGGGCGGCCAGUGCCUGUGCCUCCUGAUGAAGCAAAGCACGAAAAUUGCUCCGUGGUGACUCCAGAAGGGGAGGAAAGUUGCCCUGCACUACCUGGGAUCGAGGCAGCCAGCGACGAGCAUGCUUAUGAUUGUCCGAAACAUGUGGAUGAAAGGAGUGACAGCGCUGAAGACUUAACUCACGCCCUUGAGAGUGGCGUAAGUGGCGUGUGCAGACGACAAGAAGCUGGUUGUGAGGGCGUACCCGCGACCUGUGAGCCAAUCUAUGAAACCAUUGAAGACAGGAAUGAGAGAGAUAGUAAUAACGAGGGGAAUGGAGCAGACUGUGACUCCAGGUCGAGCAGGUCGAGUCGCUCCAGUCGGUCGAGCACGCUGAGCGGGCCUUGGUGUGAGGACCGCAUCUACGAGGAUAUCUCAGACCUGGGCAGUGGCGGCGGCGGGGUCCGGGGCGGCGGGGCAGGAGGCACGACGGGAGGCGGCAACGAGGAGACGUGGGUCUCUCGCCGCCUUCACGUGCACCGCCAGCUGUCAUCCUCAGACUCUUGGGGCUCCGAGGAUUUCGAGUCGUACUCCAGCAACGAAGAGGAGAACGGAGGAGGCCCGGUCAAGACACAGGCGCCCAAGUCCACGCAUUGGUAUGAUGGGCUUGACGGAGCGGCGCAAAAUGUGCAGUGUCGUGACUCGGAAGAAACAACCUCUUCUACGCAAAAUGAAAAUGAACAAACAAAUAAUGAAGAAGAAAUAAAAUCGUGGUCCAAUUCAAAUGGAGAGAGCGGAGGGUGUGGGGAAGCAGGCAGUGGUGAUGACGACAGCCCGCGCAGCUCCAGCACCAGCCAGCUUUUUACCAUCAACGAAGAAUGUGCAGAAGAAGGAGACUUGCCCAUGCAAAGCACCCCAAUCAGCCUUGAUGCUCGCUGCCUGGAGGAAGUGGACGCCUUCAUUCCGUCGCCCAGGGUGGUCCUGCGGGACGGGGAGUCCCUGCUUGGUGAUGACCUCCUAAAUCGCUGGAGUAUCGCGGGAUCUGGAAUACACGACUCCCCGAGCCUCAAAGAAUCCAUAGUUCGUGACGCGUGGCACGAGUCCCCGCGCAGUAAUCCUGAUGUGGCGGCCUUGGGGCGUGAUUCGGAUUCAGGAGAGGAUUCCUCAAACGAUGUUUCUAAGGACUCGACGCUCGGUGACGCCGAAGCUGCUGGUGAAGACUCAGGGAAUCACGGGUCCUCUGACUCAGUGCUGCAUGACUCUGAUGACAUACGAAUGAACACAAGUCAGAGUAUGUUGGACUUGCCCCGGUGCGUGGCGGAGGACGUGCCGCGGGCGGUACGGGCCACGGGGCUGCGGCGCAGUGCCAGCCUCACCCUCGGCAGGAGCCAAAACCUGGAGAACUUCAAACAACGUAUCCUGCGGAAAAGAGAACAGUGGCGAGAAAGGAGGCAGUCCACAAAGGGUCUGAAGGAUGCCGCACGCAAGGACUCUAAGGAGGAUCAGCCAAAGGACGCUACCAUCAAGCCAUCUGAAGACCAUCCUGCCCCUGCCUUGGACAACAAACUAUACCGUUGGUUUUCGCUUCGGAAAAGUGUCAACUACGACGUUGAACGCCGGAGCAGCACCAUCGCAAACACCGAGCGCACCAGCUCCUACACGGCCACUGCCAAUGGCACCAACGGAGUCACAAACAACAGGAUGCCAAAGCUCUUGGAAGAGGCGGACUCAGAGCAUGGGGGUCUGUUUGCCGAGAACGGAGGGGUGUUUACCCACACCUUCCAGCGCAGACACCAGCCUCCAGCUCUCCCCCCAAUGCCUCCAAACCUGAGUCCUGAGCAGAUCAAGAGACGGCACAUAGUUGCCUCUAUAGUUCACAGUGAGAACAAUUAUGUGGCAACCCUCCAAAGACUAGUCAAUGAAUACAAAAAGCCACUUGAGGACUCCAAGCCGCCAGUUGUGAAUGCAGCCAAACUCACUACGCUGUUCCACCGGGUGUCGGAGAUCCUGCAGUGCCACACGCUGUUCCGCAUUGCCCUGGCCGAGUGUGUCCGCCAGUGGGACCGAGAGGAGAAGAUUGGGGAUGUGUUUGUUGCUUCAUUUUCCAAAGCUAUUGUUUUGGACAUAUACAGCGACUUUAUUAAUAACUUUGCUCGUGCCAUGGAAGUUGCAAAACAAGAGUCAAAAAAGAAAACUGCAUUUGCUGACUUCUUAAAGAUGCGUCAGAUCACCUCGCCUGAUCGACUGUCAUUCUUUGGACUCAUGGUGAAGCCUGUUCAACGCUUUCCACAGUUUAUUCUUUUCCUCCAGGACCUGCUGAAGCACACUCCACAGGGUCACCAUGACAGAAUGUCCCUACAGUUGGCUCUCACUCAGCUUGAGUCUUUGGCUGAAAUGCUGAAUGAGAGAAAGCGAGAGGCUGAGCAGUAUCAGGCUUUCCGAGACACACUGAAGCACAUUAACACCAAAUUUGCCCUGCGAGGAAUACAAGAAGGGAACCGCUACUUGCUACGCCAAGAUGACGUCUUACAGCUGGAAUUCAACCAAGGUGGACUCAUAACCAAGAGCAAAGCACGCAGACUCUUCCUCACCAACGAUCUGAUCAUGUGUGUCACUGUGGUGCCAAAGACCAAUGAUGAGUAUGGGCAGCAGAAUGAACGGCUGUCCCUCAAGUGGGCGUACCCUGUCACGGAUGUGGAGAUCCAAGACACCACAUCCUCCCCAACGCUGAGUCGCCUCCUAGCUUCAGGUGCCAACAAGACAGGCUCCAUCAGCACUUCGCGCAUCCCUGAAGAGACCCUGGGUUCCAAUGUGGACAGUUUGUGCCAAGAAAUGAAUGAUCUCAUGCAUGAUUAUGAGGUUGUUGCUAGAAUAUCCACACUAGUCUCUACACUCAAGGGGACAUAUGAUGGUCUCACCUUGGAGCAUCUACAACAAGUUUCUGGAAGUAUUCAGAGAGCAUUGCAUGUUCGAGAUGAGCAAAUGGCGUGGGUUGAUGCCUGCUGCCUCCAGUUUACUGUCAAGAACAAGGAUGGGCGAGAAAAGGAGACAUUUACUUUCCAAACAAAUAAUCCUGUCAUCAAGAAAGACUGGAUUGUAGAGCUCCGCUUAGCACAGCUGGCACUCGACAGUUCCAACUCUCCAGCUUGGGAUGUGCCAGAGCAGGAGAAGCGACCAUCAACUAAAAUGCCUCUGUUCGUUAAGUCACUUCCAGUUUUCUCUUCACCUUAUGACACCGAGGUGCGGUGUGGGUGCUGCUACACCUUGACCAUGGCCAGGCCAAGCCGGCUCUCUGGGACAGGGAGACACCAGACUUACCUGUGGCUGUGCUCCACUGAUGGUGUCUCCUCUCACAUCACCAUCUACCUCAUGCAGCAGGUUGGCCUAAGGGAGGUAGUGCGGGUGGAUCUGGUGGAGGUGUGCAUCACCUCACUGCAACAUGUGCCAGGCAUCACCACCACCACUGAGGAGCCUUCCCUGCGUGCCCACACAGUAUGGAUGGGCACUCACUCACAUAGAUUGAUAGUGUACAGUGGUCUGGAUCCAGAGCGACAAACAGAACUUGGGUCAACAACAGUUCCAGCAGCCAUCACCACCAUCAAGUAUCAUUGUGACCAGGUGUAUGUUGGACUCAGCAAUGGAUGUGUCCAGGUGUAUCGACGAGGCUCUGAUGGAGGGUGGCAGUUACGGGAGCCUCUCAGCAUCAACCUCGGCAACCGGCCUGUCUCUGCCCUCCUGCCCAUUAAUACUCAUGUCUAUGCUGCUUGUGGAGACAAUGUGCGAGUGGUGGACUGCUUCACUGCUGAAAUAACUAAAAAGUUCUCGGUUCAUCAUGAAGGUGCUGGUGGUGUGCAGCUGAUGGCUCACUCAGGCAUUGGCCUCUGGAUUGCUCAGCAGAACACCUCAACAAUCUGCCUCUAUCACACAGAGACCUUUCGCCACCUCCAAGAUAUUAAUGUUGCUUCAAACAUUAACCGUGUGCUGGGAGAAAAAGGUGUUACUGCCUCAAACAUUAGUGUGACUGCUCUCAUCGCCUCACGGGGACUCCUCUGGGUGGGAACAAAUGUUGGUGUUGCCCUGACAAUUCCACUGCCACGGCUGGAAGGUGUACCCAUCAUCAGUGGCCGGGCAAAUGUUAGCUACCACGCUCACAAAGGACCAAUCACAUUCCUCUUAACCCUACAACCCCAUGCCAGGCCACAUGCCACACUCCCUGAAUUGAGGUCCACCUGUCGGCCAUCAAGUCAGGAGGGUCAGUCACAGCAACAAGAUGGCUUGAGGCUCACUAACUCGGAGGAUGCACGAAGUGCCACUGCAACACCAAAUCUCACUGCCCGGCUGGAGAAGCAGCAGAGCGACGGUAGCCUGAUCCCACCCAGACGUGUACCUCCUUUGUUGCGACAGCAGUUCAGCUCCCCUGUAAUCCUGCGUCGCAAGCCGAGAGAUGCCCAGCAGCACAUGAGGCGCCUGUCCAAGACUCUUCCCCGAGGACUGGGACUUGGGACCCUAGCAGGCAGCCAGGAAUGUGACGUGUAUGGCCUGUAUGGAGACUUGUUGAAUGUUCAUGAAUAUGAAGAUGAGCCCAUGGUUCCCGGGGAAGGACUCUUGCUGUCCCGGUAUGAUUCUCUGCGCCGGAGUGAUCCAGAAUUAGCUGUACCAUCUCAGGUCAGCACCCUGGACCGUCGGGUCAGACUCAAAGCCUCUCGACCACGUUCCCUGGACCUGUCAACAUGGUCCAUGGAUUCAAGAGCCUCUUCAGCAUGUACCACAUCCUCAGGAUCAGAAGAUGGUAGUGGCAGUGGCAUCAACAGUGUCAUUACCUCUUGUAACACUUCAAGCCAGCCUGAGUCGGGCAACGUGACGUCCAACAGAACUUCCCGACGCAAGGAGACCGACCAGUCCCGGACCCUCAUGACCCUGAUGGGUGGCCGAGGCUAUGUCAACCUGAGGCUCCACCCGGACGACCCCCACAGCAGCCACACCAAUGACAGUGAUGCACACGUGGUGGUGUGGGAGAUGAAGCUUUAGUCAUUCUUUUCUAGUGAUCUACGUUAAUUAAGCUCAUUUUUCUUUAUUUUCUUAUAGUCCCUGUGCAAUGUGAUAUGUUUUAAGUAUGUGCCCAUAUUUAUGAUGACAUUUAGGCAGAUUAUUGUACUUGGCCAAACCUACAAUAUAUAAUCACCUAAAUAUAUACAAAACCUGAAACGUUAGACUUUUGAGUGAGGGAAUGAGGUGCACCAUUUACUGGUGCCAGUGUUGGUGAGAAUGCUGAUCAGUGUUGAAGAAAGUUUUGUGAUGGUAUCAGUGUUAUGGCAAUUAAGAGACUUGUCUUGUUCUUAUGUUAAUAGCAAACCCCCAACACAAGAUUCAAGAUAAAUGUGUAAGUAAAAUUAUAUGCUUGUCAAGAUGCUCUAUGGAAGAAAAUUACUCUAUAUAUUGUAGUAGUUAUUUAAGUGUAAAUAUCAGAUGACUGCUAUUUUAAAUACAUUAUUUUGGUCAACAAGGCAGGCUUCUGUGCUUGCCAUGGAAAUACUGCAUAUAAACAUCUAAUAAGAA